GAGUGGAUUAAUGCUGUUACUGAGGGAGUGGGUUUGUUAUAAAAGGAGGUUCAGCCCCCCCCUUUUCUUUCUUUUUUCCACAUGUGAUGCCUUCCACCAUGUUAUGAUGCAGCAAGAAGGCCUUCACCACAUGCUGGCCCCUCAGUCUUGGACUUUCCAGCCUCCAUAAUCGGAUACAAGUAUUUCUGUCAUGGCUCAUUCAAAGACAAGGACCAAUGAUGGAAAAAUUACUUAUCCUCCUGGUGUCAAGGAAAUCUCAGAUAAAAUAUCUAAAGAGGAGAUGGUGCGACGGUUGAAGAUGGUUGUGAAAACUUUCAUGGAUAUGGACCAGGACUCUGAAGAAGAAAAGGAGCUUUAUCUAAACCUAGCUUUACAUCUUGCUUCAGAUUUUUUCCUCAAGCAUCCUGAUAAAGAUGUUCGCUUACUAGUAGCCUGCUGCCUUGCUGAUAUUUUCAGGAUUUAUGCUCCUGAAGCUCCUUACACAUCCCCUGAUAAACUAAAGGAUAUAUUUAUGUUUAUAACAAGGCAGUUGAAGGGGCUGGAAGACACAAAGAGCCCACAAUUCAAUAGGUAUUUUUAUUUACUUGAGAACAUUGCUUGGGUCAAGUCAUAUAACAUAUGCUUCGAGUUAGAAGAUAGCAAUGAAAUUUUUACCCAACUAUACAGAACUUUAUUCUCAGUCAUAAACAAUGGCCACAAUCAGAAAGUUCAUAUGCACAUGGUAGACCUCAUGAGCUCUAUUAUUUGUGAAGGUGAUACAGUAUCUCAGGAGCUUCUGGAUACAGUUUUAGUCAAUCUGGUACCUGCUCAUAAGAAUUUAAACAAGCAAGCAUAUGAUUUGGCAAAGGCAUUACUGAAGAGGACAGCUCAAGCUAUUGAACCAUAUAUUACCAACUUUUUUAAUCAGGUUCUGAUGCUUGGGAAAACAUCUAUCAGCGAUUUGUCAGAGCAUGUCUUUGAUUUAAUUUUGGAGCUCUACAAUAUUGAUAGUCAUUUGCUGCUCUCUGUUUUACCCCAGCUUGAAUUUAAAUUAAAGAGUAAUGAUAAUGAGGAACGAUUACAAGUUGUUAAACUACUAGCAAAAAUGUUUGGAGCAAAGGAUUCAGAACUUGCCUCUCAAAACAAACCACUUUGGCAGUGCUACUUGGGCAGGUUUAAUGAUAUCCAUGUACCAAUCCGCCUGGAAUGUGUGAAAUUUGCUAGCCAUUGUCUCAUGAACCACCCUGAUUUAGCAAAGGACUUAACAGAGUAUCUAAAAGUGAGGUCACAUGACCCUGAAGAAGCUAUUAGACAUGAUGUUAUUGUAUCUAUAGUUACAGCUGCUAAAAAGGAUAUUCUUCUGGUCAAUGAUCACUUACUUAAUUUUGUGAGAGAGAGAACAUUAGACAAGCGGUGGAGAGUGCGCAAAGAAGCCAUGAUGGGACUUGCCCAGAUUUAUAAGAAAUAUGCUCUACAAUCAGCAGCUGGAAAAGAUGCUGCAAAACAGAUAUCCUGGAUCAAAGACAAAUUGCUACAUAUAUAUUAUCAAAAUAGUAUUGAUGAUAGAUUACUUGUUGAACGGAUCUUUGCUCAAUACAUGGUUCCUCAUAAUUUGGAAACUACAGAACGGAUGAAGUGCUUAUAUUACUUGUAUGCCACCCUGGAUUUAAAUGCUGUAAAAGCAUUGAAUGAAAUGUGGAAAUGUCAAAAUCUGCUUAGACAUCAAGUAAAAGAUUUGCUUGACUUAAUUAAGCAACCCAAGACAGAUGCCAGUGUCAAGGCCAUAUUUUCAAAAGUGAUGGUUAUUACAAGAAAUUUGCCGGAUCCUGGUAAGGCUCAAGAUUUCAUGAAGAAAUUCACACAGGUGUUGGAAGAUGAUGAGAAAAUAAGAAAACAGUUAGAAGUACUAGUUAGUCCAACAUGCUCCUGCAAGCAGGCUGAAGGUUGUGUGCGUGAAAUAACUAAGAAGUUGGGCAACCCCAAACAGCCAACAAAUCCUUUCCUGGAAAUGAUCAAGUUUCUCUUGGAAAGAAUAGCACCUGUACACAUAGAUACUGAGUCUAUCAGUGCUCUUAUUAAGCAAGUGAACAAAUCUAUAGAUGGAACAGCAGAUGAUGAAGAUGAGGGUGUUCCGACUGAUCAAGCCAUCAGGGCAGGUCUUGAACUGCUUAAGGUACUCUCAUUUACACACCCCAUCUCCUUUCAUUCUGCUGAAACAUUUGAAUCACUCUUGGCUUGUCUCAAAAUGGAUGAUGAAAAAGUAGCAGAAGCUGCACUACAAAUUUUUAAAAACACAGGAAGCAAAAUCGAAGAAGAUUUCCCACACAUCAGAUCAGCCUUGCUUCCUGUUUUACAUCACAAAUCUAAAAAAGGACCCCCUCGUCAAGCCAAAUAUGCCAUUCAUUGUAUCCAUGCGAUAUUUUCUAGUAAAGAGACCCAGUUUGCACAAAUAUUUGAGCCUCUGCAUAAGAGUCUAGAUCCAAGCAAUCUGGAACAUCUCAUAACACCAUUGGUUACCAUUGGCCAUAUCGCUCUCCUUGCACCUGAUCAGUUUGCUGCUCCAUUGAAAUCUUUGGUAGCUACUUUCAUUGUGAAAGAUCUUCUCAUGAAUGAUCGGCUUCCAGGUAAAAAGACAACUAAACUUUGGGUUCCAGAUGAAGAAGUGUCUCCUGAGACAAUGGUCAAAAUCCAGGCUAUUAAAAUGAUGGUUCGAUGGCUACUUGGAAUGAAAAAUAAUCACAGUAAAUCAGGAACUUCUACCUUAAGAUUAUUAACAACAAUAUUGCAUAGUGAUGGAGACUUAACAGAACAGGGAAAAAUUAGUAAACCAGAUAUGUCACGCCUGAGACUUGCUGCUGGGAGUGCUAUUGUGAAGCUAGCACAAGAACCCUGUUACCAUGAAAUCAUCACAUUAGAACAGUAUCAGCUAUGCGCAUUAGCUAUCAACGAUGAAUGCUAUCAAGUAAGACAAGUAUUUGCCCAGAAACUUCACAAAGGCCUUUCCCGCUUACGGCUUCCACUUGAGUAUAUGGCAAUCUGUGCACUUUGUGCAAAAGAUCCUGUAAAAGAGAGAAGAGCUCAUGCUAGACAAUGUUUGGUGAAAAAUAUAAACGUAAGACGCGAGUAUCUGAAGCAGCAUGCAGCUGUUAGUGAGAAAUUAUUAUCUCUUCUACCAGAGUAUGUUGUUCCAUAUACAAUUCACCUUUUGGCACAUGACCCAGAUUAUGUCAAAGUACAAGAUAUUGAGCAACUUAAAGAUGUUAAAGAAUGUCUUUGGUUUGUUCUGGAAAUACUAAUGGCUAAAAAUGAAAAUAACAGUCAUGCGUUUAUCAGAAAAAUGGUAGAAAAUAUUAAACAAACAAAAGAUGCCCAAGGACCAGAUGAUGCAAAAAUGAAUGAAAAACUGUACACUGUGUGUGAUGUUGCCAUGAAUAUCAUUAUGUCAAAGAGCACUACAUACAGUUUGGAAUCUCCUAAAGACCCAGUCCUACCUGCUCGUUUUUUCACUCAACCUGACAAGAAUUUCAGUAACACCAAAAAUUAUCUGCCUCCAGAAAUGAAAUCGUUUUUCACUCCUGGAAAACCUAAAACAACCAAUGUUCUAGGAGCUGUUAAUAAGCCACUUUCAUCAGCAGGCAAACAAUCUCAGACCAAAUCAUCACGAAUGGAAACUGUAAGCAACGCAAGCAGCAGCUCAAAUCCCAGCUCCCCUGGCAGAAUGAAAGGGAGGCUUGAUAGUUCUGAAAUGGAUCACAGCGAAAAUGAAGAUUACACAAUGUCUUCACCUUUGCCGGGGAAAAAAAGUGACAAGAGAGAAGACUCUGAUCUUGUAAGGUCUGAAUUGGAGAAGCCUAGAAGCCGUAAGAAAACACCCAUAAUAGACCCAGAAGAGAAACUGGGUAUGGAUGACCUGACUAAGUUGGUGCAGGAACAAAAACCUAAAGGCAGUCAGCGAGGUCGGAAAAGAGGCCAUACAGCUUCAGAAUCAGAUGAACAGCAGUGGCCUGAGGAAAAGAGGCUUAAAGAAGAUAUAUUAGAAAAUGAGGAUGAACAGAACAGUCCACCAAAAAAGGGUAAAAGAGGCCGUCCAUCAAAACCUCUUGGUGGUGGUACACCAAAAGAAGAGCCAACAAUGAAAACUUCCAAAAAAGGAAGCAAAAAAAAGUCUGGACCUCCAGCAGUAGAGGACGAGGAAGAAGAAGAACGACAAAGUGUAAAUACAGAACAGAAAUCAAAAAGCAAACAGCACCGGGCAUCAAGGAGAGCACAACAGGGCAGAGCAGAAUCUCCUGAAACUAGUGCAGUUGAAUCCACACAGUCCACACCACAGAAAGGACGAGGAAGACCAUCAAAAACGCCAUCACCAUCACAACCAAAAAAAAAUAUCCGUGUAGGACGCUCCAAACAAGCAGCUACUAAAGAAAAUGAUUCAAGUGAAGAAGUAGAUGUGUUUCAGGGUAGUUCUCCUGCCAAUGAUGAUAUUCCACAGGAAGAAACAGAGGAAGAAGAAGUUUCUGCAGUAAAUGUUCGACGGAGAAGUUCUAAAAGGGAGAGGCGAUGAACAAAUGUAAUUAACUUUCUGCUUGAAAGCUUUGGCAAAACUAAUUUGUUGUCAAGCUUGAGGCUGAAUACAGCCUUUGAUGCACAAAAUGGGACUGCUGAAGUGGACAGUUGGACCUUACUUUGAUGACCCCAUGUAUUUUGUGGUCACAUGCUUUAGCCAUACGCAUGAUAACAUUGACUAUGGAGUCUUGUGAAAGUGUAAUGUGCGAUGGCUAUGUAGAGAUAAAGAAGACAUAAACUUGUAAAUAUCUUUUUUUUUUUUUAAUGUUUCUGACUUCUAAAGUGCUUGUAUAGCUUUUAUCUGCGGCUUUAAACUGACAGUACCCAACUGUUUAUUGGAUCUAUUGAUAUGAAAAGAGUUUGUUAGAAUAGAUCUUAAGCAGUAAUCUGUCAGUGUUUGUAUUUGUAUUCUUUGCAAUUUUACUGUGAAAAAAUUUUUUUCAACAAUUGGUGUCAUUUUCUUGAUGUCACUAUUUGUUGGAGAAUUAAAUGGUCUCUUUCCCAUGUGUAUCUUACCUAGUGUUUACUCUUGGGCACCCUUAAUCUUCAGAGGUGCUAAAUUAUCUGCCAUUAUACCAGAACAAUGCCUCUGCUAAGAGGACACCAUGCAAAUUGUGAAAUAGUCUGGAAGUUGUUUGAUUACUUUACACCUCAGUAUUGGUCCCAGAAUUUUCUGGCCUUUCAUGGCAAUGAAAAUUUUAAGAAGAAAGAGAUUUAAAAUAUUCUAAUUUUAAAGAGUGUGUUAUAAAAUAAUGUACUGAAUUCUUUAUCCCAUUUAAUCAUCCCUUUUCAGUUUUUAUUAAUCUACUGUAUCAAUAAAAUUCUGUAAUUUGAAUGAGU